GGCGCGGAAGAUGCGCGCCACUUCCGGCCGGGCUCCUAACAACGGGGGAGGCUGGUAACCAGGGAGGGGGGGAUGGCGGAGCGGGCGCAGGAGCCCGAGGCGGAGGCGGAGGCUGAGGCGGGCGCAGGCGGGGAGGCGGCCGCCGAGGAGGGCGCGGCGGGCCGCAAGGCGCGGGGCCGGCCACGACUCACGGAGUCGGACCGGGCCCGGCGGCGGCUCGAGUCCCGGAAGAAGUACGACGUGCGGCGCGUGUACCUGGGCGAGGCGCACGGGCCCUGGGUGGACUUGCGGCGCCGCAGCGGCUGGAGCGACGCCAAGCUCGCCGCCUACCUCAUCUCACUGGAGCGCGGCCAGCGUAGCGGCCGCCACGGGAAGCCUUGGGAGCAAGUCCCCAAAAAGCCAAAGCGAAAGAAAAGGCGGCGGCGCAACGUGAACUGCCUGAAGAACGUGGUGAUCUGGUACGAGGACCACAAACACCGCUGUCCCUACGAGCCGCACCUGGCCGAGCUGGACCCCACCUUCGGCCUGUACACCACGGCUGUGUGGCAGUGCGAAGCCGGACACCGCUACUUCCAAGACCUGCACUCACCCCUGAAGCCGCUCAGUGACUCGGACCCCGAGAGUGACAAAGUGGGCAACGGCCUGGUGGCUGGCAGCUCCGGCUCAUCCAGUUCCGGCUCCGGCUCCGACUCCGAGGAGCCCCCUGAGGGCCAGCCAGCCAAGGCGACAGUGGCAACAGCGGCAGUCACCCCCACCAGCCCGGCGGGCAGCAGUGGUCUCAUCACACAGGAGGGCAUGCACAUCCCCUUCGAUGUCCAGCACGUGGAGAGCCUGGCCGAGCAGGGCACCCCUCUGUGCCCCAACCCAGUCAGCAGCGGGCCCGAAGCCCUGGAGACAGUCGUGUGCGUGCCAGUGCCCGUGCAAGUGGGCCCGGGCCCUGGCACCCUCUUUGAGAACGUGCCCCAGGAGGCACUGGGCGAGGUGGUGGCCAGCUGUCCCAUGCCAGGCAUGGUGCCCGGUUCACAGGUGAUCAUCAUUGCCGGCCCCAGCUACGAUGCCCUCACGGCCGAGGGCAUCCACCUCAACGUGGCAGCAGGCAACGGUGCCCCAGGAGGGGGCCUGGGCGACGAGGUACCCUGCGCCAUGAUGGAGGGUGUGGCGGCCUACACCCAGACACAGCCUGAGGGCAGUCAGCCCAGCACCAUGGACCCCACCGCUGUGACGGGCAUUGAGACCAAAAAAGAGAAGGAGGACCUGUACGUGCUCAAGAAGGAGGAGAAGGAGGAGCCGGUGGCCCCAGAGCUGGGAGAGCUGGCCGCGACGGUGCCUGAGAGCGCAGAGCCGGAGGCAGAGGCAGACGGGGAGGAGCUGGAUGGCAGUGACAUGUCAGCCAUCAUCUACGAAAUCCCCAAGGAGCCCGAGAAGAGGCGGAGGAGCAAGCGGUCGCGAGUGAUGGAUGCCGAUGGCCUGCUUGAGAUGUUCCACUGCCCCUACGAGGGCUGCAGCCAGGUCUAUGUGGCCCUAAGCAGCUUCCAGAACCAUGUCAACCUCGUGCAUCGGAAAGGGAAGACCAAAGUGUGUCCUCACCCUGGCUGCGGCAAGAAGUUCUAUUUAUCAAACCACCUGCGGCGGCACAUGAUCAUCCACUCAGGUGUCCGUGAAUUCACCUGCGAAACCUGCGGCAAGUCCUUCAAGAGGAAGAAUCACCUUGAGGUACACCGGCGCACGCACACAGGAGAGACGCCUCUGCAGUGAGUGACGGGUUUCCGGUGAGGGGCUGGAAGGGAGGGCAUCCCGGCCUGGACCUGCACGGGGCAGCUCGCUUGGGAGGGCUGCGACCCAGCGUUGCCUCUGCGAGGAUUCCCUGAGCGCUCCCACCCUGGCUGGCACCUCCCUCUUCGGGGGGCGGUCCCGCCCUAGUGGUUGGGCCCCGCCACCGAGGCGGCCCCUUCCGCUCUGACCCCGCCCCCGGUGCCUCCCCGCCGGCGUC